AAUAAUAAUAAUAAUAAUAAUAAUAAUGAUAAUAAUAAUAAUAAUAAUAAUAAUAAUAAUAAUAAUAAUAAUAAUAAUAAUAAUAAUAAUAAUAAUAAUAUUCAUUCAUUCAUUCAUCUUUGACGCCUGCUCCUAGGAGCUCCCACCAGGGGAUGGCCACGGCAGAAGAGUUUCCAUCUCUCUCUAUCCAGACACUCCCUCCUUGCCUGCUCAAGGUUUCUCAAGGAUCUUUCACCCCUCUCCCUAACGUACUCCUGCACCCUAUCCCUCCAUUUCACUGGAGGUCAUCCUCUAACAUUCCCUCCCUCUAUCUCACUCACAUACACCCUCCUGGUCAUCUUAAUCUCCUUCAUUCGCUCCACGUGGCCAAACCACUUUAAAGUCUGUCACUUCACUUCUUCCACUACUCCACACUUCCCUUCACCAACGUGACACAUUCCAAAACACUCAUACACACUUUCAUUACUCAUUCCAUCCCUUCUACUCACACCACAUGCACUCCUCAAAUAACUCAUUUCCACUGCCUGCACUCUAGACCUCUGACUUUCAUUCCAAGCCCAUGUUUCGCUUGCAUAUGUGAGGGUUGGUACUAUUACUGUAUUUCUCAAAUCCCUCUUUACCUCCAUGCUCACAUUUCUGCCAUUCAUGAUAGUACGUCCCAAACACUCUACCACCUUUCUUCCUUGCAAUGCCCUUUCUCUUGUCUCUCCUUCUGUACCACCAUGCUUACACAUAACUAAUCCAAGGUACCGGUACUUAAACUCAUUAACCUCCUCCAUUUCUUCACCAUUCAAAAUUAUUUUGCAUACUUUUUCAAAUUCAAUUCCCACUUUAUAUAGGCAUACAAAAUCCACAACCUCACUAAUAAUAAUAAUAAUAAUAAUAAUAAUAAUAAUAAUAAUAAUAAUAAUAAUAAUAAUAAUAAUAAUAAUAAUAAUAAUAAUAAUAAUAAUAAGUUUAAUGACACCAUAGUCAUUAUAAUCACUUCCCAGUUCCUUGCAGACACAUGGCAAGGAGUCAUAAAUAAGCUCAGUUACUAAGACGAAUUAUAAACAGUAAUGGAUACAGUCAAACCUCGGUUUACGAGUGCCUUAGUUAACAAAUGUUUUGAUUUACGAGCAAAGAAAAAUCACAAAACAUGCCUUGGUUUACGAGCGGUGACUUGGAAUACGAGCAUCCUGAUUAUUGAAGUUUUUUUUUUAUUUUUUUAUUUGUGGCCACCUCAAGGGUGGGGACACGGGCUAUAUGGAAGCUGUCGGGGUCAAAUGCGUACGUCCCUCCGAGGAGGGACCACAGGAUAUUGCCGCGUGAUGGCCCAUGAAUGGGAGGGUAGGAUGCCGAUAGACCGACUCUAUCAGCUGACAUCAGCCUAGCCGACCAAGUCGGUCUUUUGAUGAGGACUGGCGUGUUUCUUUGUACCAGUCAAAGACGUGAGCGUGGGUUCCCUUUGUUUGCUGCUAGAUGAGAGUGCUCAAAGAGGAGAACAAUGGGAAUAGUCUCAAUUAGGAUUGACACCUUGAGCUAAAAAAAAUAAGGAAAGCAACAUCCCAUUCUCCAAUACAGAACGAAUCCAUAUUUUAAGGAACUGGUGGCAACCCUAAAAUUUCUCUAGCCUGCCAUGACUGACAGCCAUUGCUGGUGAAGGCAGGAGGAAGGGGGAGGAAUGUUACAACACAAUGUAGUUUACAUUAUUUCAGGAUGACACUUGACAAGCUUAAUUUUAUGGUCUGGUUUUGUGGUUCACUGAAAAAGGCGCUCACUACAGUUGUAUAAUGUUGAAUUUUAUCUGCUGAACCAUUCAGACAAACCAAUAUGGAACAAAUGGCAUUUUAAGGAAAGUGUGGCAGGUUGGCAACCCUAAUCUCAGUCCGUGUUGUAAACUCGAAGAGAUAAUAUCUGUGUAGUCGUGUCUGAUUGCAUUUGUGCUUUUGAGUGCGUUGUUUGUGAUUUAACGUUGUCCCCGGGAAUGAUGGUUAAAAGGGAUGGAGCUACAAAUAAGAAAACAGGAGCAGCAGAUACUAUGCUCGCAACAGGAACAGGGUGCGAGCCUCAGCGGCUUGCAUGCCCUCCUGGACAUGACUGACUCCCGUUCACCCUCCAUCUCGGACGAUACGUGAGGUUAUCUACAUGUUGGUGGUCAAACGUAGUUUCAGUGCCUUGAGAAUAGGGAAGUUCUGCGGCUGCUAAACCCCGGUGCAAAGCCUACACCUCCAGUGCAAUUAGCAGUAGCAGGAUUUCCAUAACCAUGGCGUGUAUCACAGCUGAGUCGCAGGUCAUGCGCUUAACAACCUGCCGGGACCUUCAGACACCACACUCCCAUCCCCCGUACCCAAGGGGGACAGUAACUGCUCCUUGUCAGCGGGAAAAAUCCUGACUAGUCCGGUGGAACAGAGGUCGAACCUGGAAAUUUUUUGUAACAAUCGUUUUUUUGCAUUUUUCAGUAGUUUAGGCCUUGUAGAUCAAGAAUCCGUCGGGUGUAACGAUUACCCUCGCUUGGCAUUUUCACAAUUCAAGAUGGCGGCCAAAAUAUCCGGUGUCCUCAAAUCUGGAUGAGUUAGAUGAAGCCAGCAUCAUGAUCUCGUGUGGGGACGCCCAGGACUUUGUGCCUUUUGGGCGGGAGUACUUGGAGCACCACCCGGGGGAGGUUGGCCUGCCCCCUCCACGGCCCAGCCAGGUGCCCCCACACAUCGACCUCCUCAGGCAGCUCGACACAGUGUCCAUCAACAGCUCUAAGGAAUGGUGGGACAUCAGGCACAGCAAGGAUGGGCUGACGGAAGAGGAGUUGUACGUGAGUGGCUCCAGAGUGGUGUGGUCCCGAGGUCAGGCUGGCCGAGUGGGGUCCCGGCAGGUUGUCAAGUGCAUGACCUGCGACUCAGCUGUGAUACACGCCAUGUUUGCCACCUUCUACACCUACCCAGACCAACCGUCCCUGCUGGGAGAACCUGUCCCUCAAGGACCCACAGGCGACUCGCUGCCCAGCAUCUGCAUCGUGGAGAAUGACUGCCUAACCAUCGUCACAGAGGAGGGAGAUGAUUACUCUGUUGCCCUCCCAUUCCCGGUGAGGAAAGUGUGGCCAAUCAAGUACGGGAUCCUGCUGGAGCGGCAAGUGACGGCCUCAGAGAUUGCCGCCCAGAAAAAUGAAGUGGAAAGCCUCCCGACCUUUUAUAGUUUGCUCCACCCGCUGGACGAAAUCAAUCCACUGCUCUAUAGAACAGGCUACAGCGGGUCAGACCGUCCCACCUACAUGAGUGAUUUAGCGCAGCAGGCCGUCUUCAUGUCCCAAGACCCGUCCAUCUGCAUCCUCUUCAACUCGGUCAACAACAGCCACACCAUAUGGAAGAUACGCCGGGCCAAGACAGAGGAAAACAACCUCGUCUUCCAGAGCGGAGUCCAGCCCAGCCUGAACAACACCCCCAUCACAACCCUGCUCUCCAGUGCUGGCUCCUACGCACAGCUGCACUCCUGCUCUCACACUCACUCCCUGUCCCAGAGCCACACCAACAUUACCUCACCCAGCGGCCAGGGACCCUCGCACACGCCCACCACGCCACGCACCAGGACAUUGUUUCCCACGCCGAUGAUCGCACCAAAGCUACAGCAAUCUCAGACGGCAAGGAGUCACAUGGCAACACUCGGUCGAACCCAGUCCCCAUCAGUGUUUGGUGGACAGCACCUUCGUCUAGCCAUGAGUCCCUCCCCCUGUCGCUCCCCAGGCCACCGCACCCCACGCACCUCGCACCUGACGUCCUUCAACGAAACGCUCUCCGAACCAGAGCCUCUUGUGCCGGACAUCUGCCUGGAUCACCUCUGGACCGACCACUCCCUCGCCCGAGCCACCCGAGCCUUCCUGACGGAGGACCAUGUGGAGCAGAAGUACCUGUGCCUCAUGCUGUCACAGGCGGGAAUUUUGCGCUGCAUCAAGUACGACUUUUCGAAUGAUCAAUCAAGCUUGGUUUUCGGCUCCAUUUCCUCCAUACCCGCCAAAGAUGCUUACCCACUGAAAACCCUGAAGAUGAUGAUAGUCGUGGACAGCAGUAACAGUUUGCUGCUUUACACGGGAACUGUCCAGGUCAGUCGCAUCAACAUCAGUGGGCUGCCCACAUUUAAUUCAUCCUUGUUCAGGGAUUUCUCCUCCCUCAAUAUAUCGUCGCACCUUCAAAGUCCCGUCGCCACGCCUCUCCGAAGGUCUAGUCUGCUCACGUCCAGCCGCCCGCCAUCGUCUGCUGAUGCCAAGUUCGACGUUGGGCUGUCGCCGGUGGUGUCGGAGAAGAUGCACGUAGAGUCCUUCAGCGAGGAUCCCGGUCUGCCGCUCUCCUGUGCCAUUGUCGCUCUCAGAGACUCAACUGACAGUCGCAUAACUCUUGAACAUGCCAAUGGAAACCUCUACAGAAUAACCCUCCCAGAAAUGACAUCAUCGCCGCUUGUGAAGUAUUCCCUCGCUGCCCUCAAGUUCAUCUUACCACCAGACGCAGCACUCCAGUUGAUCAACAAGUGGUAUGCAACAAAGAACGCUCCGGGGUCAGAUGAUUUUUCCCCACAGGGUGAAUGGACGCUGUUUUCCAUGAUGAUGCUGUCCAUGAUCGGCUAUGAUACGGACAAGCUUGCCCUGACCUGCCCCGUGGAAAGUGCAGAUUCUUGCAGUCCUUUAGUGGCAUCAAAGAAAUUUCGAGCUGCAGAAAGUGGUUCCGACAACGACUGGGAGUACAUCCUGUCCUCCCCUCUACAUGCUGCUGCCGGGAACAGCCUCAGUGAAAUGCUGGGGCUGCAGAAGGUGGGCGUGGUGCAGAAGCAGCAGGAAGGGAACAAAGGGACCGUUAAUGUUAAUGCACCUCUCUUUGUGUACCUGCCAGCAAUACACUUUGCCCUUCACCUUGUCUAUGAAGAUUUCAAGUUAAACUCCUUGCACUGGGAAUUCUGUAACCUCCUUGUUCCCUGCCUGGACCAGCUGGCUGCAGACCUGAGAGCCUCACAGUACCUCCACCAUUACUGGAGAGACUUCCCAACAGUCUGCCCUCUGCAGGGACCGCCUCCUCAAGUUCCGCUUGCAGAGGCACAGAAGCUUGUUAUCCCGGGCUACGUCAGCAGACAGCCUCCGCAGGUGCUGGCUCACCUCUAUGACAUCAUGGAGGGUGCAGAGCCCAAGCCUUUCCCCUGCAUUCCACAUGUCUGCACAACCACCAAAAAUCUGGUGUUGUUAUAUUCAGUUGCAGCUGCGGAUUGCCAUUUGCAAGACAUUGCAGUAGAGCGAUUUUUGAACUGUAUCAGUCCAAACACUCGGAAGUCAUUUGCUCUGACUCAUCUCCCAGUCAGCAGUCUCCAAAAUAGUGAUGUCAGACCCAACAUUCAUGAAAAAAUUGUACUCUUAACAAAUGAAUUGGGUCUUACUGUCAGGGACAUUCAGCUGUUGUCACCAGGAGUGUCGCUGGUGUUGAUGAACGGUCAGCACAUGUGUCGCAUGUGGCCCCCGGAACACUGGCCGGCCUCAGCCUACCACCUCAUACACAGACCAGACCUUGUGGCUCAGAGAGAAACCGCCGAGAAAAAUGACAACGGCAAUAACGAGAGGCUGAAGGAUCCCUUCAACAUCAAGGUGAGGUGUCACCGAGACCAGGAUCUGGUGCAGGAGGUCAAGAAGGCGCCACAGCUGACCAAAGAGGAUGAAGACGGCAUGGAGACCCUGGACACAGACAUGCUUGCCCUCCGCUGGGUGGAAGAUCAGCGAGUGACGGAGGUUCGCCGCAUGUUUUGUUCCUCAAAAGCCGUGACCAUCAACAUUGUGCAGCGGCCAGAAGUGUCCGAUCAUGACUUUCUGGAGGAGCAGGAGCGACAUCUUUAUGCUCUCUGUAUUAGGACUAUGGCGCUGCCUAUUGGAAGAGGAAUGUUUACACUCUGCACCUCUGCCCCAGUGAUCACAGAAACCCUUCCAAUACCCAAGCUCAACCUCUCAGGCAAAGCUCCCCCAAGAGGCACAACCAUUGACCUUUCCAACAUUGAGGUGCCCCCAAACAUGGACAUGUGGCCACAUUUCCACAAUGGUGUUGCUGCAGGACUCAAAAUUGCACCCAACUGUGGGGAAAUAGACUCCACCUGGAUAGUGUACAACAAGCCAAAGGGAUCCCUGGACAGCCCAACAGAACAUGCAGGCUUCCUGAUGGCUCUGGGCCUCACCGGACACUUGCGAAACCUGGUGACCGUCAACAUGCAUGACUACCUAGCGCGGGGCCAAGAAAUGACGUGUGUGGGGCUCCUGCUGGGCUUGUCCGUGGCCAAGAGAGGAACAAUGGACAUCCAGACCACCAAGCUUCUCAGCGUGCAUCUAGAGUGCCUCCUGCCGCCCACCUCAACAGAAUUAGAUGUUCCUCAUACGGUUCAGGUUGCUGCCAUCAUAGGCGUUGGUCUGGUUUACCAAGACACGGCCCAUCGUCACAUGGCAGAGGUCUUGAUGCAGGAAAUUGGUCGCCCUCCCGGCCCCGAAAUGGAAAACUCCAAUGAUCGGGAGUCUUACUCUUUGGCGGCUGGACUUGCCCUCGGCCUGGUGAUGUUUGGAAGGGGUGGAGAGGCAGCAGGAUUCUCUGACCUAAACAUUGCCGGAGAGCUUUACCAUUACAUUGAAGGAGGACACAAAAAGCCCCUGUUUGGCAUACACAGGGAUAAAUACAAGUGCCCAAGCUACCAGAUCAAGGAAGGGGACUGUGUCAACAUAGACGUCACUGCCCCAGGAGCCACCUUAGCCCUGGGCAUGAUUUAUUUCCGGAGCAACAACAAGGCCAUUGCCGAGUGGAUGAUUGCACCCAACACUCCGUACCUGCUGGACCAGGUGCGGCCAGACUUCCUCUUGCUGCGAACAGUGGCUCUCGGGCUCAUCAUGUGGGACGGGGUUGUGCCCAGCUCGGAGUGGAUUGAGAGCCACGUUCCGCCCUCAGUCAUGACUCACGUUCACCGCGGAGGGAACCAUUCCACCCCAGGCAUAGAUUACGAGUCCAUGCAUCAGGCUUUUUACAAUAUCUUGGCAGGCUCUUGCAUGGUCAUUGGGCUGAAGUUUGCGGGAUCUGCCAACAGCGAAGCCUUCCAGAUUCUGUGGAAGUACACGCGCAUGUUCACAAACUUUACUAAGAGGAGUGUGGCUGAGCUCGCCGGGAAAUCCACCAUCGAGACAUGCCUGAACGUGAUCCUGCUGAGUCUGUCAAUGGUGAUGGCUGGCACGGGUGACCUGGACGUCCUGCGCAUCAUCCGGUACCUGCGCUCCCGGGUGGGGCCCUCCAACUCCACUGUGGGGUACGGCUCCCACCUCACCAUCCACAUGGCCCUCGGGUUCCUGUUCCUUGGGGGUGGCCGCUUCUCGCUGGCCACAUCAAACAUGGCCAUCGCAGCACUCAUCAUUGCCUGUUUCCCCAAGUUUCCGACACAUUCCAAUGAUAAUCGUUACCAUCUACAAGCACUGCGGCACCUGUAUGUCUUGGCUGCAGAACCCAGACUUUUAAUGCCUGUGGAUGUGGACACUGGGAGGCUCUGCCAAGUAAACAUCACAGUCAGGUUCACUGACACCGAGCAGUAUAGAAACCAGUCCUAUGAAGCCCUGGCUCCACUCAUGCUUCCCGAGCUGUCCAAACUGUCAGAGAUCAUCAUUGAGGGGGACGCUAGCGACCACCGAUACUGGCCAGUCAGGUUUUCCAAUGGCAACAAGUCCUGGAGCAUCCUUGAGGCACUGCUGCGGUGUGGCGAUGGGCUGGCCGUCAAGCUGAAGGAUGGCCGCUAUCCUUAUGGUGCUGCACCCUCAGGCCUGCAGGUCAAGCUGGCCCACCUGCUCACACAGGACAACUCUGCUCGCUGGACUAUCAAGAGCUCUGUGUUGGAGGAAGUGAGUGGGUGCUCGGCGGGGCUUGUCCACAGCAUGGUUGGCGGGUCAACGCCUCCCAACCUGUCUGUCAGUGGAGCCGCUCCUUCCAGCGUGUCCGCCCCAGAGCCGGGCAAGGCAGAGGACGGGGACGCAGCAUUCACCCAGGCACUCAUCACCAUCAUUUAUGAGUACCUGUGUGUAGGGAAGCCUCAGGCCAUCACCAACUGGCUGGCAGCUCUGCAGGGGAUCCGAAGAAUAUCCACCUUGAGCCAGCGGACCGGCCUCCUGCUGUGGCACGUCAAGCUGAUAGUCCGUGCCGCUCACUUCAUGCACAACCUCAACCACCACCAGGACAGAGUGUGUUCCUCCACACCCAAGGAACACACUAGGAGAGGAAAGACAAGACCCCUGGUGUCUGCUGAACAAGCUUUAUCCCUCAGCAAGCAGUUGGAACUGCUCAUUGACACUUGGCUGAUAGAGUCAUCAGAAGAGGUGGUACGAUAUCUGAAGGGAGACACUGAAAGAACGUACUCUGCCAAGUGUGCUUUUACGCUGGUAAUGCUUCACCUGCCUGCCUAUACUGACCUGCCAUCCACAGAAGGUCACUCAAACCCUCUUCCUCUGAUGGCUGCACUACGGAAGGCCAAGGUUCAGCCUGCAGCCAUUUCAUCACUAGUGAAGAUACUCUUUAGCUCAUAGUGCAGAUUGAGUGCAGUGAUGUGAGUUGUGGAUAUGAAAACAAUGGUACUGAAACCCUUGUGAAGAGUGUAUUGGCUGUACUGUUGAGUUACAAAUAUCAGGCAACCUCUGCAGUAGCAAUACAACACCAGCAUUGUUCUGUUAUUGCUGGGUGUGAUCCAAAGUUUCCCAGCUGUGCAGUGUGGAGUAGUUCAAUGAAGUUGCCUGUUCAGUAAUCUUUGGACACAAAUCAUGCAAGCCAAAUGCCCAACAGUUUCUCUAAAAUAGUAAUCACAUUUGCAUUUGUGUGUAAAUGUUAAAGGGUUCAAUAAGAAGUGUGACUAAAAUAAACGAAGACCUAACUAAAAUAGAUUUGCAUAUUGAGUUUCAUAAAAAUUCAGAUAGGAUACAUCUCUACACUAACUUUAGGAUAUUCAGCAAUACUAAAAAUACUGACUGGACAACUUCACACGACUGAUCAUUGCAUUGCAGAACCAGAGAAUGUUUGACUCUUCUAAUUCUAAAUGGAAAUCUGCCAUUGUACCAGAGUCUGCUAGUCCUGGGGCUCUGUAGCGCAGCCUCCUGCUAUCAGAAGACUAGGAGUGGCUGUAUAACUAUGCUGUUUCAAAGCAACAUAUGUAUACUAGUUGGAGGGACUGGCAGGUACAAUAAUAAGCUUCUAUUUUGUAUACAUUUUGUAAUAACUGACAUUGCUAAUAAUAUGUUACGUUAAAACAUUG